AGCGCUGGACCCGGAAGUAAGGGUUGCUGGAAGCUGGGGUUGCCGGUGGCUGCCCCCAGGAGCUAAAGUCGGAGCAGAAUCGCCUGUGGGGCUGCGGGAGAGCGGCCAGCGAAGGGCCUCUCGCUGGGCAGGUUUUGUUCUCAUGGGCUUCCAUUUUGAAAUGGGAGAUGUGUCUUAAUGGAAUAAUAGAGAGGCUUCAAGGUACAAUUACUCUGUAUUAUAUAUUCAGUCAGUAUUUUCUCACCAUCUACUUACCAUUAGAGUGAACAAAGCAAAACCCCCUUUCUCCUGGAGCUUACUUAUGUUCUAGGAGCUGUAAGACAAGAACCAAGAGUCGUGCCAACUGUGGUGCUAGGCUGCAGAAGAGCAGUUUCUGAACUUGCCGUUGCCAUUGUCCUGAAGCUGGAGCUUGAGAGCUGAGGGAAGAUGAAGACUGUGCUCAUGGUUGCAGAAAAGCCGUCCUUGGCACAGUCCAUCGCCAAGAUCCUCUCUCAAGGGAGCAUGUCCUCACACAAAGGGCUGAACGGGGCCUGCUCAGUCCACGAGUACACAGGGACCUUCGCUGGCCAGCCGGUGCGCUUCAAGAUGACGUCUGUCUGUGGUCAUGUGAUGACCCUGGAUUUCCUGGGAAAGUACAAUAAGUGGGACAAGGUGGACCCCGCAGAGCUGUUCAGCCAAGCUCCGACAGAGAAGAGGGAAGCUAACCCCAAGCUGAACAUGGUGAAGUUCCUGCAGGUGGAGGGCAGAGGCUGCGAUUACAUCGUGCUGUGGCUGGACUGCGACAAGGAAGGGGAGAACAUUUGCUUUGAGGUCCUUGAUGCUGUUCUGCCUGUCAUGAACAAGGCCCACUGUGGCGAGAAGACAGUGUUCCGGGCCAGGUUCAGCUCCAUCACAGACACGGACAUCUGUAACGCCAUGGCCCGCCUGGGCGAGCCUGACCACAACGAGGCGCUCUCGGUGGACGCCCGCCAAGAGCUGGACCUGCGCAUCGGCUGUGCGUUCACCAGGUUUCAGACUAAAUAUUUCCAGGGAAAAUACGGUGACUUAGACAGCUCUCUCAUCUCCUUUGGGCCGUGUCAGACUCCCACCCUGGGGUUCUGCGUGGAGAGACAUGAUAAAAUCCAGUCCUUCAAACCGGAGAUCUACUGGGUGCUGCAGGCCAAGGUUAACACAGAUAAAGACAGAUCUCUCCUGUUGGACUGGGACCGAGUCAGAGUGUUUGACCGAGAGAUCGCACAGAUGUUUUUGAACUUGACAAAGCUAGAGAAGGAAGCCCAGGUGGAGGCCACAAGCAAGAAAGAAAAGGCCAAGCAGAGGCCCCUGGCCCUGAACACUGUGGAGAUGCUACGUGUGGCCAGCUCUUCUCUGGGUAUGGGGCCACAGCAUGCCAUGCAGACAGCUGAGCGGCUCUACACGCAAGGCUACAUCAGCUACCCGCGGACAGAGACCACCCACUACCCUGAAAACUUCGACCUGAAGGGUUCUCUGCGGCAGCAGGCCAACCACCCUUACUGGGCCAACGUGGUAAAACGGUUGUUAGCAGAAGGUAUCAAUCGUCCAAGGAAAGGCCACGAUGCUGGCGACCAUCCCCCCAUCACUCCCAUGAGGUCGGCCACAGAGGCCGAACUAGGGGGCGAUGCAUGGCGACUCUACGAAUACAUCACCAGACACUUCAUCGCCACGGUCAGCCACGACUGCAAGUACCUGCAGAGCACCAUCUCCUUCAGGAUCGGGCCCGAGCUCUUCACCUGCUCAGGGAGGACCGUCAUCUCCCCAGGCUUCACAGAGAUCAUGCCCUGGCAGAGCGUGCCCCUGGAGGAGAGCCUGCCCACCUGCCAGAGGGGCGACACCUUCCCCGUGGGCGAGGUGAAGGUGCUGGAGAAGCAGACGAGCCCGCCUGACUACCUGACGGAGGCCGAGCUCAUCACGCUCAUGGAGAAGCAUGGCAUCGGCACGGAUGCCAGCAUCCCCGUGCACAUCAACAACAUCUGCCAGCGCAACUACGUCACUGUGGAGAGUGGGCGCCGGCUGAAGCCCACCAACCUGGGCAUCGUCCUGGUGCAUGGCUACUACAAGAUUGACGCCGAGCUGGUGCUCCCCACCAUCCGCAGCGCUGUGGAGAAGCAGCUGAACCUGAUCGCCCAGGGCAAGGCCGACUACCGCCAGGUGCUGGGCCACACUCUGGAUGUGUUCAAGAGGAAGUUCCACUACUUCGUUGACUCCAUUGCCGGCAUGGACGAGUUGAUGGAGGUGUCAUUUUCACCCCUGGCAGCCACAGGCAAGCCCCUGUCGCGCUGCGGGAAGUGUCACCGGUUCAUGAAGUACAUCCAGGCUAAGCCCAGCCGCCUGCACUGCUCCCACUGCGACGAGACCUACACACUCCCCCAGAACGGCACCAUCAAGCUCUACAAGGAGCUCCGCUGCCCACUGGACGACUUUGAGCUGGUCCUGUGGUCAUCGGGCUCUCGGGGCAAGAGCUACCCGCUGUGCCCCUACUGCUACAACCACCCACCCUUCCGAGACAUGAAGAAAGGCAUGGGCUGCAACGAGUGCACGCACCCCUCCUGCCAGCACUCGCUGAGCCUGCUGGGCAUCGGCCAGUGUGUGGAGUGCGAGAGUGGUGUGCUGGUGCUGGACCCCACCUCGGGCCCAAAGUGGAAGGUGGCCUGCAACAAGUGCAACGUGGUGGCACACUGCUUUGAGAACGCCCACCGCGUGCGGGUGUCUGCUGACACCUGCAACAUGUGCGAGGCCGCCUUGCUUGACGUGGACUUCAACAAGGCCAAGUCCCCGCUCCCGGGCGAUGAGACACAGCAUGUGGGCUGCGUCUUCUGUGACCCUGUCUUCCAGGAGCUGGUGGAGCUGAAGCAUGCGGCCUCCUGCCACCCCAUGCACCGUGGUGGGCCAGGGAGGAGGCAGGGCCGAGGGCGAGGCCGGGCCCGGCGGCCCCCGGGGAAACCCAACCCCAGGCGGCCCAAGGACAAGAUGUCAGCCCUGGCUGCCUACUUUGUAUGAUGGCCCUGUUGCCCCCACCCAGGCUCCAGUGCAAUGCAGCCACCUCAUGACAGUUGUCCUCCAGGCCACUGAAACCAUUAAAAUGUCAUUUUGUUUUCUCCAGA